AUGCCUCGAUCCCCGGACAGCAAUGCGCUGGCCCUCAAGCGCAAGCUACAGCAGGCUGAGUCUCAAUCCGAACAGACCGAGCCCACAUAUAAGCGCCAUCAUCUUCAAAGCUAUGAUCCAAAGGCACCAUGGCUUCACGAGACAAAGUCCAUUAGCGGAUGGCGAACCUUUGGAAACGCGGCAGUCCAUAACUCGCUGCCGUUGGCAAACAUGGUCUCCGCAGUGCAAGACCUGAUUGAUCCGGACUUUGAUCCGCUCACCGCGAUUCUGGAUGAUGAGCCGCGUUUCCUGAAGCCUUUGCCGGACCGUAUCGCACCAGAGGAUCUAGAGUUCUUGCGCUUUCGCGGAGCUUUGUCUAUUCCCGAGACGAGCCUUCGAAAUGCAUUGCUUCGAUCAUAUAUACAAUGGGUGCAUAGUUUCAUGCCGGUGCUAAAUCUGCAAGAGCUUCUACGAUGUGUUGCAGAGAAUGAUCCUGAUGGAAACAUCAGUGUCUUGCUUUUUCAAGCGGUGAUGUUUGUCGGGACAGCUUUCGUCGACCUGAAAGAUCUACAGGAUGCUGGUUACUCAACAAGAAAGAGCGCACGUGAGAGUUUUUACAUGCGCUUAAAGCUGCUUUACUCGCUUGACUGCGAAGAGGAUCGUAUCGUCAUUCUGCAAACCUUGCUAUUGAUGACCUACUGGUCAGAUCCAGAAAACAGCCUCCAUCGAGAUAUCUGGGAUUGGAUCGGUAUUUGCAAUACCCAAGCACAUUCAAUUGGUCUGAACAAAGACCCGAUGAGUGGCAACAUAGACCCCAAGACUCGUCGACUACGGACACGGAUCUGGUGGUGCAUAUACACACGUGAUCGCUUGAUUGCAAUGGGGUUGCGGCGUCCGCUCCAAGUGAACGAUGGUAACAGCAACGUGCCCAUGCUGAAGCUUGAUGAUUUUGACUUCGAGCCAUUCUCUCACUCCGUGAAAGCUCUGUUUCAUUGCCGACAACUCGAAGAUGUGUCACAUCAGAAACGUCUGGCGACGAUGUUCAUUGAGAAAGUGAAGCUUUGUCAGUGUAUCGGUCGGGUUCUUUUCGCCCAGUAUGCCCCUUCACAGCGACAGUUUGGAGCAACAGAUCGUACGACAGUCACUCUGAUUCCCCGACAGGCCUCCGAGUCCGAGUUUACGAGAUGCAGCCAAAAGCUUGACUCCUGGCUGAGUGCACUACCUAAAGAUGCGCAGUUCAUUCCCGAAUCACGAAAUAACUUUCGUGAUGGCGAAGAUGUGCUUCUCUUACACGGAGCCAUGCUACGUAUGCUUUACCACGCCACAACAAGUGCUCUCCAUCGACCGUGGGCCACCAACACCAAAGACCAGUCAAAGGCACGCCAGGGAUGGCGAAACACCGCCCGAACAAAAAUGCAAGAUGCUGCUGCAGGGAUAACACACAUUAUCCAAGGUCUCAAUCAGCUGAACCUUACCCGCUUUCUACCACAGACCGGAGUCACAGUCAUCCUCCCUGCCGCCGUAGCUCACCUCUCCAAUUCCUCGUCGGACAAUCCCACUGUGCGCGAGAACAGCAUCUCUAACUUUCAUCGCUGCGUUCAGGUACUCCAUGGGUUGAAAGACAUAUAUCCUGCUGCCGGCGUUGAGUUUGCCAAUCUCGUCGCUGCGAUCAAAAUGCAAACCGGCAACUGUGCCAGCAAUGCAUUCUAUCGAAUCAUGCAAUACACCUUUGACACUCCAACAUCCCCGCCAUACAACGAUGUCAGGAAGCCAAGCAUUGCGGCGACUGUCACAAACGCCAACUUCAAUCAGUGUUCUGAAAAAGAGCCUGCAGGCGAUGGCGGAUCUCAGGUUGCUGCCCUGACGACUAGUGCGUUUGUGAACGCCAAUAUCCAGGCCAACGCCAGCAUCAGACACCAGAAUGAAACCAACAAUUAUCAAUUUUCCCUCUUGAAUCAUCAAAAGACACCAUCUCCUUCGAUGCCUGUCGAUCGACCUGCAAAUUCACAGUGUCCAUUCCCUAACGACUUCGAUGACCAUUUCGCACUUCCUACCAACAAUUUAUCACCCGGCCCCGAAAACCCCUUCUCCUACCUGACUUUCGACUUUGAUUCCUUCCUGGACCUGGCCUCACCUUCCGUGAGCAGCACUAAAGGCCUCUCUAAACAUCUCAAUUUUUCCCCAGCUCCCGACUUGGAUGGCAUCGACUGGGCUCAGGCUAUCUUCCGUAGUGCGUCUGUUGCAGAGCCUGAUAAUGCGGUCGAGGCUCCUGGCAAUCGCAAAUCCCCUCAACCACAGCGGAAAUCACAAGCAGCUAGCGAUGCGGAGGGAAGCUCGGACGUGUUUUCUUUCAAUUUUGACGACCAUGAGAGUCCUCUUGCUUCGGCUGCGCCGUUUGGAGAUCUGCCCAGUGGAAUACGGAAUAUAACCGGUGACUUGGACAAGGAUCUUGGACUCCAAAGUGAGGAUGAGAGAUUCUAG